UCAAUUAGAUGGCUUAUGGUUUAUCUCCUCCAUUACUUUAUGGAGCGGCUUCCAUCGGUCUCCCUUUCUCUUAUAACGUAGCUAUCUUCUUUCAAUUCUUCUCUGACCGAAACCAGUGGUGAAGCUGUACCCAAUUCUUUCUCUGGAGGCCGUUCCUGUAUAACCAGAAUCUGGCGAUGUACAGGUGAUGAGUCGGUAGCAGUACCACCACCGGCGGUCUUCUGAGACUUCAAUCCAUCAGAUGGAAUUCACGCAUGGAAUAAGGGAUAGGCUUUCGACCACUGAUCGGCGAGAAGAGCAAGUCGAGGUCUCCACACACCUCCCUUUCAUCCCUUCCUAUCCUUUGCCGUCAUCCUCGUCGACCGCUUUCCGAUGGCAUGAUGAUUCUUCGGGCGCCGGCGAUUGUGCUUCCACGGAGAAGGAGCACAUGUUCUACAAGGUCGUGACGCCCAGCGACGUCGGCAAGCUGAACCGGCUGGUGAUCCCGAAGCAGCACGCGGAGAAGUACUUCCCGCUGGACACGUCGGCUAACGAGAAAGGGCUGCUGCUGAGCUUCGAGGACCGGACGGGGAAGCCGUGGCGCUUCCGCUACUCCUACUGGAGCAGCAGCCAGAGCUACGUCAUGACCAAGGGCUGGAGUCGCUUCGUCAAGGAGAAGGGCCUCCAAGCCGGGGACACCAUCUCCUUCGGCCGUGGCGUCGGCGAUGCGGGACGCCACCGCCUUUUCAUCGACUGGAAACGACGACCUGAGAACCGCGACCCACCCCGGAUUCCACUUCCUGAGCUAUCCUUUGCGAGGUCGGCCGGGCCAUGGAGCGGCCGGCUCCUCGUCCCACCGGAGGCCGGGUGCGGCCACACCUGGCAGGGCCACACGUACCCUGCCGCGAGCUUGGGUACGGGCGGCGGGCAGUGUCUGUACUACAGUUUGCCGGCGGCUAGGCCACCGCAGAUGGAGGUGCAACAGGCAGGCCGCAGUGGAUUCCCCAUGGUUCUCGGAUCGCCAUUGCCCCUCGUUCGCAACCAGCCGGCCGUCAAGCGAGUUCGGCUCUUCGGCGUGACUCUGGAUUGCCCCGAAUCCGGAGGCGGUGUCAAUUACGACGGCCACAGUCACUCCGUCCGCGUGCCGCAGUUGCAUCCUGGGGCUGCGCUUCCGCUCCUCCAGUCUCCGGGUACGGCCGGCGAGUCAACGCCGUCAGGCUCAUCAUCGGUGUACAAGAAACAACACUCACAACCGGAUCUUUAAGGAAGAAGGAUACGAUCGUAGGGGACAAAUAUACAAUGAAUUGAACGUGAGGAAGUACUUAAAGUUGCCUUUUCUUGUUUCUUUCCGUUCUCGACUUCCUGAUUUCUUUGGUUGAAGGGGUUGGAAUAAUUUGCAUCCAUCCAAAUUAUUCUUUACUCGCUCUCAUUCGCGGCCUUCUCUUGCAAUUGUAACUAAAAACAUGGAUUCAGAGAACUCUAUCGAAGCCCUACAUGUAAUAAACAGCGGUAGUAUGAGAUUUUGCUUCUUGUUUCCUCAAACCUUUUCUUGGUCUUGAUUAAUCUGUAUCAUCAUACCAUGUGACCUUAGUUUGUUCCAGAUGCUCCUUCUCCAGCUACACCUUCUUCAAAUACAUCAGAAGGCGGCCGGAGAAGAUACAGGUCAGAUCUAAAUCCCACACCAUCCCUUCUUGUUUCUUGGUCCUACUGAUUCAUCUUUGCCCGCUGUAUGUCAAAUUUUCUACAUCUUUUUGUGAAGAAACAGCAUCAGUAUUUCUUUAAGGUGGUGGGGAAAGAGAGGACCAAGUACUGUGUCUUCAUGUAGUUCAUUAAGAUCAUCAGAUGUAAGCCAGGCUUUGUCUCUGCCGCAUAUGAAUUGGUUUUGAUUGCACCUGGCUCUGCAUGAGAUACCCGUCAUCAAUUUGGCUGAAGGAUGUCUUGUUCGAUUACAGGUUUAAUUGUUUGGCUUUCUGGUCACUAACCAAAUAGAAAAACUAUUGAUUUUAGGAGGGGGGAUAAAGGAAGAGAAAUCAGAGAGAACAACAAUCAUCUGCCAUGGAAUUCUUACCAUGAAAAAUCAUCUUGCCUAAGCAUUAUGGUUCUCCCUUCUCUCAUCUCCAUGAUUCACUGAGCACACAGGUUGCCAUUUCUUGGUCCUGUUUCUUUAUUCUUUGCAGAUCACUGGAGGAAGUUAUGCAGAUUCUUUCAAGAAGCAAGAUUGACUCCAUUCUUGACAGGUUCAUCAAAGCUAUGAAUGCAUCGUCGCGUGAGCAUGAUUGCUCAUCAUUUAUGGAGAAGGCUGGCGAGUUCCUCACUCUCAGAGAACACACCACCCUUCUUCCCUCACAUGUGGAAGAGAUAGAUACAGCGACAGCUGGCUCUGGAUCAGAUGGUGAAGUAGCUCCCAACGAGAAAAAGGCAAGGUAGGUGUGUCCUCAUCUUCCAUGGUGGUCCAGAUGCUAAAGCUUGGGCGCAGCAUAUAUCGCUGUGCAUCAAGUCCUCGGCGGCAUCUGUUUUCUAUCUCAUGCAUGCGCCUCGCCAACGUCGCUAUAGUCCAUGUGAUGCAAAUAUUUCGGCUAGGGGCAUUCCCCUUCCUCCA